AUGUCAUCAAACUUGGAGACAUCUCAUCCAGCAGUCCUGGUACCAGUUCUGUAUAGGACAGAGGAGAGCAGACCUCAUCAGAGAAGCAGGUCACCAGGUGACCUCUCUGACUCCAGACCAGGGGUGUUCAGCAGGUACAAGCCCUUCUUGCAGAAAGACAAGACCUUUGCCAAACUGGUCAUCUCAAACAGCUCUGUACUGACUUAUCCACCCCUUACAUCCCUUACACGCUCAAACGUCUUGACUUUUUCUCCACAUAUUAUGUCUCAAAACGUGCAUGUCUACAGGAGAUUCCUGAGUUCUCCCAACUUCACCUCAUGGUUCUCGGUGAGGAAAGAGGAGGCCAACCAGAAACUGAGACUCAUCCACUUGGACCAGCUCUGCAAGGCUGACAUAGGGUUCUGGAUGAGGGACAAACAAGAGGUAGAGAUUGUGGAUUUCCUACUUCAGGUCAAAGAAUGCCUGUCAAGGGCCACCCGGCAGUAUCCCUCAGUGUCAGCUCAGACAGUCCACACUCUCCAGUCACAGAUCAGAACUAUCAUUUCCUCUCUACCUGAGGACCUCCAGUCCUGUCUUAAAUCCUCUUUCUCUUCUCCCUCAUGAAAUUGUACAUAAACAUACACUGCUAUUAAUUUAAUACAAGUGUUCUAGACUAUGAAAGAGAGGAGACACACACUUUAAUCUGUCUACAGGUGUUCUAAUUUUUCUUAAGAGUUUUUACAUACUCUUCAACGUCUUUAACUAUGUCAGUAAGUUCACAAUGCUCUAGAACAUUUAUUAGGUUGUCCCAUGUAACUGGAGUUGGCAUGCUACGCAGCCAUUGCUGCAGGAUACCACCUACGAUGGCACUUGGUACAUAAAAGUUUUCAGCCAUCAAAUUCUCCACUUUAUGUCCAUCAUCUUUAAGAAGCAUUGUCCCAAGGGUCUUGUAUUUCAUCCCAACCCGUUCGUGAAUUUUAAGUUUAUACAGCUCAGGUAGAGUUGGAGGCC